ACACACACACACACACACACACACACACACACACACACACACACACACACACACACUCAAACAGUCUCACGCCCUUUCCUUUACCAGUGUACUGGUGAAAGUAAGUAAACAUCCUGAGUCAUUGUUAUUAAUCUCACCCCCCUCCCUCUCUCUCUCUCUCCCUCUCUCUCUCUGUCGUGCAAAGUUCACCUCCCCUAUCCACAUUUUUCAGAGCCGAGCAGACACACACAGUAACCAUGCUGAUCUCUAUGCUGCUGUUGUGGUUUGGAAUCGUCCUCCUCUUCUUCCUCUUCAGGGUGAGAAGACCCAAGAACUUUCCUCCUGGACCCAGAGCACUUCCUCUGCUGGGAAACCUGCUGGAGUUCAACCCAAAUGACCCAAUAAAGAGUUUCAAGAAGUUGGCCGAGCGCUAUGGUCCUGUCUACAGUCUGUACAUUGGGCCCCGUCCUGCGGUGGUGUUGGCCAGCCAGAAGGUCAUCAAAGAAGCUCUCGUCACCAGAGCCACUCACUUUGCAGGACGACCAGAUCAUAUGUUGAUUUGUCAUAUCAUUGAACGCAAAGGUGUGAUCUUGGCAGAUUAUGGUCCCACAUGGCAGGAGCACCGGCGCUUCGCCCUGACCACGCUGCGCAACUUUGGGAUGGGGAAGCGCUCCAUGGAGGAGAAGAUUCUACAAGAAACCCAACAUACCUGUGCUGAGCUAGAGAAGCAUGCAGGAAAGUCUAUGGAUCCUCAGCAUCUCUUCCACUUUGCUGCCUGUGACAUCAUCUGUUCUGUUAUUUUUGGAUCUCGAUUUGACUAUGAUGACCCCUACUUUAAGUCCAUCAUCAUCUUCAUGGAAGAAGCGGCUAAAAUAGCUCUAGACCCUUGGGCAAUCCUCUAUGAAAUUGUGCCAUUCAUUAAGAAUUUGCCUGUACCGUUUAUUAAACGGGCGCAUGGUUUAAUCAGCCGGAUCAGAAGCCACAUCCUAAAAGAAAUUGCAGAGCACAAAGAAUCGUGGGAGUCUGGAGAACCUAGAGACCUCAUUGACUGCUAUCUGGACGAGUCUGAAAAAAGGUUAGACAAAGGAACCACAUUCGAAGACAGUCAGUUGGCAUCCACCUUGUUUGACCUGCUGAUUGCUGGGACAGAGACUACUUCCAACACACUGAGGACAGCAACACUCUACCUCAUGACACACCCACAUAUACAGGAGCGCUGCUACCAGGAGAUCGAGGAAGUGCUGGGCUCUCGUGAGCAGGUGUGCUUUGAGGAUCGCCAGUCCAUGCCCUAUGUCCAGGCCGUGAUCCAUGAAGCCCAAAGAGUGGCUGAUGUAGUUCCUCUGAGCGUGUUGCACAGCACGACCACCGACACAGAAGUCCAGGGCUAUAACAUUCCAAAGGGUACGUUGGUCGUUCCUCUCCUGUCCUUAGCGCUACAUGAGGAGGGUCAGUGGAAGUCCCCUCAUGACUUCAACCCAGAGAACUUCCUGAAUGAGAGGGGAGAGUUUGUCAAACCUGACGCCUUCAUGCCCUUCUCUGCAGGCUCUCGCGUGUGUCUGGGGGAGGGGCUCGCUCGCAUGGAACUCUUUCUCAUCCUGGUCACAUUGCUGCGUCGCUUCCGAUUGGUCUGGCCAGAGGAGAAGGGAGCUCCUGACUACAGCAUGGUGUUUGGAGGCACACAGGCACCCAAACCGUUCCACAUCACCAUCCAUCUAAGGGAAUCCACAAGCUAAUGCAACUGAUGUGUUUUUGUAAGCAUAUACAGGUGUCAAAGGUUUCCUAUGGCAGCAUUUAAAUAGACAUGCCUUCACCUUCAUGUGCUCUAAUUCUAUUUUUUCUCAGUGGAAUGACGUGACUCGGGGAGACACCAUUGUGACCCCCUCGUGUUUAUAUGAGAGAGGCAUAAGUGGAAAAAACAUGGCACCUCGCAUGUUGGAGGUCAAUAAAGCAUGUCUAUGUGCAUGGUCACAUAAUGUGCACAUUAGUGUACGUGAAUUAACUCUAGAACUUUCAGUCUGCUGUUGUCAUUAUUUUACACUGGUCACAGUGUGCUGUGGGUCUAAUUCCAGACUCUUUUCUUCAGUGGUUCCAUGUUGGUGGAAUGAACUGCCCAGUGCUCUCCGUUCCUGUGGUAGUUUUGGGUCGUUUAAAAGGGGUCUAAAGACAUUCC